AUGGAGACCGAGCUUGUGUCCCACCAUCUCUGCCUGGAUACUAUUGAGGAGAUGUUGGCCGACUUGCAGGCAGGGCUGUGCAACAUAGGGCUGAGGCUAGGUGAGCUGGAGGAGGCACAGAAGACAGGCUUAGAGUCACUGCGGAACGACAUAGAUUUGAAGAUAGCCAUGACGGUGAUCCUAGAUUCAGAGUCUGCGGUGAGAGAUCGCUUCACUUAUCAGUGA